CGCUUGGGUUUCCCUCAGCGCCUGGCUGUUUCGGGGCCCGACUGCCUCUCCGGCCGGCAGGGGGCGGCACACGCUCUCCCUGUCUUGGCGCUUUUCCCAGUGGCUCGGCUCUGCGGGCGAGGCUCUUUUCUCACCAAGGGGAAAUUUUAGAAUCUCACCCCCAGGGGACUGGGUGGGAAAGCGGAGGAUCCUCUAGUCCCGUGAGCCGGCUGCGAAUGGGGCAGGGCGAGCUCACGUGGGGCGUGUUUACAAACAGCAGCCGCGCCGCCGUGCGGAGGCGGCCGUGGUGUCGGAGCCCAGCGUCAGCGUGCGUGGACAGUGAGAGCCCGAGCGAGGAUCAUGAGUCACGCAAAGUAAAGCAGCGGUUCGGCUGAAAGAAGACAUGAAAAAGAUAGUGGCAGUGCCAUUAAAUGAACAGAAGGAUUUCACCUAUCAGAAAUUAUUUGGAGUCAGUCUCCAAGAACUUGAACAGCAGGGGCUCACCGAGAAUGGCAUUCCAGGAAUAGUAUGGAAUAUUGUGGAAUACUUGACGCAGCAUGGACUCACCCAAGAAGGUCUUUUUAGAGUGAAUGGUAACGUGAAGGUGGUGGAACAACUUCGACUCAAGUUUGAGAGUGGAGUGCCCGUGGAGCUCGGGAGGGACGGUGACAUCUGCUCAGCAGCCAGUUUGUUGAAGCUCUUCCUGAGGGAGCUGCCCGACAGUCUGAUCACCUCGGCAUUACAACCGCGAUUCAUUCAGCUCUUUCACGAUGGCAGAAAUGAUGUUCAGGAGAGUAGCUUAAGAGACUUAAUAAAAGAGCUGCCAGACACCCACUACUGCCUCCUCAAAUACCUUUGCCAGUUCUUGACAAAAGUAGCCAAGCAUCAUGUGCAGAAUCGCAUGAAUGUUCACAAUCUCGCCACUGUAUUUGGGCCAAAUUGCUUUCAUGUGCCUCCUGGGCUUGAAGGCAUGAAGGAACAGGACCUGUGCAACAAGAUAAUGGCUAAAAUUCUAGAAAAUUAUAAUACCCUGUUUGAAGUGGAGUAUACAGAAAAUGAUCACCUGAGAUGUGAAAACCUGGCUAGGCUUAUCAUAGUAAAAGAGGCCAGUUGUAAGAACUCCCUGCCCAUCCUUUUAACAGGAGGCUUAGAAAGAGACACGCCAAAACCACCUCCAAAAACCAAGAUCCCAAAGUCCAGGAGUGAGGGAUCUAUUCAUGCCCACAGAGUACUGCAACCAGAGCUAUCUGAUGGCAUUCCUCAGCUCAGCCUGUGGCUGAGUCGUAGAAAAUCCUGCUUGGAAGACAUGAAUUCAACAGAGGAUGCUCAUAGUGCCAACUUGGCAUCAAGUUCACAGGAAGAUGAAAGACCUAUGUCACCUUUCUGUUUGAGUGCUCAUGUACCUCAAGUCAGCAAUGUGUCUACAACCGGAGAACUCUUAGAAAGAACCAUCCGAUCAGCUGUAGAACAACAUCUUUUUGAUGUUAAUAACUCUGGAGGUCAGAGUUCAGAGGACUCAGAAUCGGGAACACCACCAGCAUCUUCUGCCACAUCCGCCAGACAGCGACGCCGCCAGUCCAAGGAGCAGGAUGAAGUUCGACGUGGGAGAGACAAGGGACUUAUCAACAAAGAAAAUAUUCCUUCUGGGUUCAACAACCUUGAUGAUUGUAUUUUGAAUACUCAGGAAGUCGAAAAAGUACAUGAAAAUACUUCUGGUUGUGUUGGAGAACGGAGCAAGCCUAAACGUCAGAAAUCCAGCACUAAACUUUCUGAGCUCCAUGACAAUCAAUACGGUCUUGUGAAUAUGGAAAGUCUCAAUUCCAUAGGAUCUCAGGAGAGAACUGGACCUGAUGAUUUUGAAAGGAUGUCUGAUGAAAGCAAAGAAAAUGAAAAAGAUGGUGGACACAGUCAGCAUCUCGAGAGCCCCACAAUGAAGAUCCAGGAGCAUCCCAGCCUAUCUGACACCAGACAGCAAAGGAAUCAAGAUGCCGGUGACCAGCAAGAGAGCUUUGUCUCCGAAGUGCCCCAGUUGGACCUGACUGCAUUGUGUGAUGAGAAGAACUGGGAAGAGCCUAUCCCUGCUUUCUCCACCUGGCAGCGGGAGAACAGUGACUCUGAUGAAGCCCACCUCUCGCCGCAGGCCGGGCGCCUGAUCCGUCAGCUGCUGGAUGAAGACAGCGACCCCAUGCUCUCUCCUCGAUUCUAUGCUUACGGGCAGAGCAGGCAAUACCUGGAUGACACAGAAGUGCCUCCUUCCCCGCCAAACGCCCAUUCUUUCAUGAGGCGGCGAAGCUCCUCUCUGGGGUCCUACGAUGAUGAGCAGGAGGACCUGACACCCGCCCAGCUCACACGAAGGAUUCAGAGCCUUAAAAAGAAGAUCCGGAAGUUUGAAGAUAGAUUCGAAGAAGAGAAGAAGUACAGACCUUCCCACAGUGACAAAGCAGCCAAUCCAGAGGUUCUGAAAUGGACAAAUGACCUUGCCAAAUUUCGGAGACAACUUAAAGAGUCAAAACUAAAGAUAUCUGAAGAGGACCUAACUCCCAGGAUGCGGCAGCGCAGCAACACACUCCCCAAGAGUUUUGGUUCCCAACUUGAGAAAGAAGAUGAGAAGAAGCAAGAGCUGGCAGAUAAAGCAAUAAAGCCCAGUGUUGAAGCCACACUGGAAUCUAUUCAGAGGAAGCUCCAGGAGAAGCGAGUGGAAAGCAGCCGUCCUGAGGACAUAAAGGAUAUGACCAAAGACCAGAUUGCUAAUGAGAAAGUGGCUCUGCAGAAGGCUCUGUUAUAUUAUGAAAGCAUUCAUGGACGGCCGGUAACAAAGAGCGAACGUCAAGUGAUGAAGCCACUAUAUGACAGGUACCGGCUGGUCAAACAGAUCCUGUCCCGAGCCAACACCAUACCCAUCAUUGGUUCCCCCUCCAGCAAGCGGAGAAGCCCUUUGCUGCAGCCAAUUAUCGAGGGUGAAACUGCUUCCUUCUUCAAGGAGAUAAAGGAAGAAGAGGAAGGGUCAGAAGAUGACAGCAACUCGAAGCCAGACUUCAUGGUCACUCUGAAAACAGAUUUCAGUGCACGAUGCCUUCUGGACCAAUUCGAAGAUGAUGCUGAUGGGUUUAUUUCCCCAAUGGAUGAUAAAAUACCAUCAAAAUGCAGCCAGGACACAGGGCUUUCAAAUCUCCAUGCUGCUUCAAUACCUGAACUCCUGGAACACCUCCAGGAAAUGAGAGAAGAAAAGAAAAGGAUUAGAAAGAAACUUCGGGAUUUUGAAGACAACUUUUUCAGACAGAAUGGAAGAAAUGUCCAGAAGGAAGACCGCACUCCUAUGGCUGAAGAAUACAGUGAAUACAAGCACAUAAAGGCAAAACUGAGGCUCCUGGAGGUGCUCAUCAGCAAGAGAGACACUGAUUCCAAGUCCAUGUGAAGGGCAACCCCUGCCUGAGCACUGGGGGCGCUGGCGGCUGCAGUGAGAGUUCGCUGGGAAAGAGCAGUUCUGGAAGGCAGCCUUGGAGCUGGCCCUGCAAAGCAUGCGGCCCUUCUGCCUCUUGAUCAUUGGCAUCAGCUCCUUUUUCCAUUGCCUCCCUUAGAAACUGGCUGGAAGAAGACAGUGUGACCUGACUUAGGCAUUUUUUAAUUGGAAAGUCAAGACUUCUGUGUGUGUGCGUGCGCGUGCACACACACACACACCCAAAUAGUGGAGAUUUCCUAACACUAGCAGAUAUGAAACACUACAUUAGAUGACACUCAUCUACAGAGAACAUACACUGUUCUUCCCUGGAUAACUGAGAAACGUGAGACCAUUCUCUGUCUAACUGUGAUUAAAAACAAGCUCAGGACUUUAUUCUGUAGAGCGAGCUUGCUGUGGAGGGCCGUGCUCUCCUCAGACCCAGCUGAGUGUGAACGUGCAUUGGAGCCCUAUUUGCUGCCGCGGCCAUUCUAGUGACCUUUCCACAGAGCUGCGCCUUCCUCACGUGUGUGAAAGGAUUUCCCCUUCAGCCCUCAGGUAGAUGGAAGCUGCAUCUGCCCACAGUGGCAGUGCAGUCAUCAUCUUCAGGAUGUUUCUUCAGGACUUCCUCAGCUGACAAGGAAUCUUGGUUGCUGUGUAGGACUGAGUCAUCUUCAGAGGACAGACUGUGGCAGCAGCUGUAUGAAUGCUGACUUUAAAACCAGGUGAUGGGGGAAGAGCCUGGAGAUUCUUUCCUGAACACUGACUGCACUUAGCAGUCUCAGAUUUUAUCAUCAGACACCAAGCCAGGCCAGCAUGCUCAUGGCAACCUGUCUGGGCUGUUUUGUUGUGGCACUAGCCAAACAUAAAGGGGUUGCUUAAGUCCUAGCCUGCGUAUAAAGGAUCAGGGGAGAGAAAGGGCCUGUGUUCUCAGCCUCCUGAGUACUUAACAGAGUUUUAUUUUUUUUAAAAAAAGAAAAUCUGCACUGAAAUCCCCAAACUGACAGGUAAAUGUGUAGCCCGCAGAGCUCAGCCCAAGGCAGAAUCUAAAUCGCACUAUUUUCAAGAUCAUGUAUUAAAAAAAAAAGUCAUGCCAUGUGGCCAAUUAUAA